UAUGGCAGCUACCAAGCUGUGGCGGGUGAAGAGGCCCCUGGCCGCGGCCUUUAGCAGCGGCACAGCGGCGAGACCCGGGCAGCCGCCCCCGCCGGAGAAGCUGACGGUCCGGCGUCAGGCAGGGGGGAUCCGCAACAUAAUCUUGAGCAACCCCAGGAAACGAAACGCCCUGUCGCUCUCCAUGCUGCAGUCCCUCAAGGAGAACCUGCUGUACGACGUCAAAAGCAAAGACCUGCGAGUUAUCAUCAUUUCAGCUGAAGGACCUGUCUUUUGUUCUGGUCAUGAUUUAAAGGAACUGGCAAGUGAAGAUGAUGUGAAGCAUCAUUCCCAAGUGUUUGAAAUAUGUGCAGAGGUUAUGACUUUAAUCCAGAAACUACCAGUACCAGUGAUUGCCAAAGUAAAUGGCUUGGCUACAGCAGCAGGCUGUCAGCUUGUGGCAAGCUGUGACAUUGCAGUGGCAAGUGAGAAAUCUCAAUUUGCUACUCCCGGAGUAAACAUUGGACUGUUCUGCUCCACACCAGCUGUGGCCUUGGGCAGAUCUCUCCCAAGAAAGGUGGCAUUACAGAUGCUCUUCACAGGAGAACCUCUUUCUGCCCAAGAAGCAUUAAUGCAUGGGCUUGUCAGCAAGGUGGUACCAGAAGACAAGCUGGAAGAAGAGACCAUGAAAAUCUCUCAGAAGAUAUGUGAAAGCAGCAAAUCCAUACUGGCACUGGGGAAAGCCACCUUUUACAGACAGAUUACCCAGGACCUUGAUACUGCUUACAAAAUGACUACUCAGGUCAUGGUAGACAAUUUGACAUUAAGAGAUGGGCAGGAAGGUCUUGAAGCCUUUAUUCAGAAACGCAAGCCUGUCUGGUCACACUCUCAGGAUGAGAAGAAAUGAAUCUUAUUUCUAAGCUCACCUUAGCUAUGCAUUAUGACUCUGCACACAGCUGCCUUUGAGAAAUUCAUUUUUGUUCUUACUGGAAACUAAAUUUCUCUUCUUGUAUAUGCCAAAGACACAAUGAAUUUAUUCUAAGUAUAUAAUAAAUGCUAAAGAAAAUCAA